AUGAGUUCCAUCUAUCAGGAUCGACUAACUACGCUGAUUAAAAAUGUGAAUAACCUGGAAAAUGACCUCCGCAGACUUCCGAAAUGGACCAAUUAUAAAUGGUUCUCACAAGAAAAGAUUACAGGACCCACAAGUUUCCUCAGAGGAACGGAACAAAUCGAAACCCUCGAAAGGUUGAAAGAACUAUACAUGGAUGUGUUGAGGCUAACAAAAGAAACGAAUGAAAUAUACUCAGUUUCCUUGUUGCUCAUCAUAUCUAAUCAGUUCAUAUCAAUUUUUAGUUCCAUGUAUUUCUGCUUUUUUGGAUAUUACAUAGCAGGGGUUUACAUAAAACCAAAGACCUUUGAAGAAUUUAUGACACCUCUGAUGUCUUUAAUUCACCCCACUAUGCAGCUUCUGGUUACUGUUACUUUGUGUCAAUCAACUGUCAAUCAAUCCAAGUAUACAGGACUACUGCUCUAUCGUAUUCCAGUUUCCAAAGCUACAAAAAUGUUGAUGAAGAAG